AUGCUACAAGAUACUGGUUUAGGACAAGAGAUGUUUGUCAGUGCUUAUACAAAGCAUGAAAAUGGUAUUCAAAAAACUUUGUGCUACCGUUAUACUGAUGAUCUCGUGGACAUAGAUACAAAUCAAGAAAAUGUUAUUCCAACCGAUCAUCUUUGUGAACGAACGAUUGUUUACUGUGUCUCUCCUCCUGGUGAAACCUCAUGGUUAAAGAAUUCCUCCACUUCAGAAGCUUUGAACAAUAUUAAUAUUCAAGAAAAACCAACACCAUUACCUCAAAAAUUCCCACUUCCAGGAACACAUCAUACUGCUGCUAUUAUCAAGUUUUAUCAUGAUUCAGAAUCUCUUCGUGUAGGUCAAUUGGUAGAUGUGAUUGGUAUAUUAGGUUCCUCUGAUUCAAAUAUGGUUGAUACUAUGGACCCUGAAGCACAAUUUGAUACUCAUUUGACUCAAUACAAAGAUGUCCCAGUCAUUCAUGCUAUUACUUAUUCAACUAUCGAUGGAAAAUCUGGUGCUCCUUUUACAAAAUCUCAAUUGGAUGAUAUGGCUCUUCAAUCAAGGGAUAUACGAGGUCCUUUAAUCGAUUAUAUAGCAUCUUAUUUUGGUGGUGAUAUGUUGGUUGCUGAAUUUGUCUUGUUACAAUUGUUAUCAAAAGUAUCAACUCAAAGACAUGGUUUGAAAAUAGGUCAAUUUUGUCUCAACAUUACGAAUUUUCACCCUUCAUCUGACCCUGUCCCCCAGAAAUCGACGUCCUCUUUACAAUUAUCAAAUGGUCCUAGUCAAUCGGUGGCUAAUAUGAUAUCCAAUCUUGUUCUUCAUCAAGUAUCUAUUCCAUUGACUUUGGAUGUUCUUAACAAAUCUCGAUUCUCUCCUCAAAGUGUCAAUGAGGAUCUGAUAUCUGGUGUUUUACAAUUGGUACCAGGAACACAUGUCUUGGUGGAUGAAAAUGAAUUAUCCGAAGGUCAAUUAGGUGAUACAGGGGUUAGAAAUAUGCAGGCUUUGAUCAACGUCAUACAACAUCAAACCCUGACGUAUGGAUUUCCUUAUAGUCAAUUUGAUUUUGAUAUGGAUUUGAGCUUUAUUACUUUAUCUAGUGGAAAGUCUUUAUUGCCAAAUCACUGCGUCAUUCCUCUGAAACCAGACUAUGCCUUGGAACAAAAUCAAGCGGAAAAUCGGACAUCACCUCCCAAAGAAGAGUUAGAAGUAUUUAGAAUCUAUUUACAGGCCUCGAAACAUGCCUCCUAUGAAAUUCCAGACAAUGUCUCUCAGUAUAUUCAAGAUGAUUUUGUGAAAGAACGAAAACAAGCUUCUGAACGACAAGCUCCUUUACCAAGCCAGGAAGAUUUAAUGAUGCGAAUGAACCUUUGUCGUUUAGUCGCCUUGUCAUUUGGAGAACGAGUCUUGACCAAGGAAACUUAUGAUUAUACGGUACAAUUGGAUCAGGGUCGAAAGUCUCGGGUUCUGGAACAUCAACAAAAGACCUCCAAUUAG